UUGCCGCGGGCAUCUUCAGAUCACUGUCUCACUGGCGCACUCAAUUUUUAACCUCCCCUGCCUCAGACUAAUCUAACCAUGAUUUGUCUCAAAGCCCUCUCAUCCCCUGUCCACCUACCAACCCUCCGCCGCCUCAACCCCGCCUCCGCCCACCGCGUCGCCGCCGCUAUGUCCUCCUCCUCCACCGCCGUCGCGGCCCCUGUCGAGCACAUCGUGCUCAUCAAGGCCCGCCCGGAGGCCGCGGCCUCGGGCGCCGCCGCGGCGAUGGUCUCCUCGCUGCAGGCGCUCUCCACGCUCGUCCCGGGCCUGGCCUACAUCCACGCGGGCCCCGUGCUGCGGCUCCGCUCCCCCGCCGCGGAGGCGCUGGGCCCCACCCACCUCCUCCACUCCCGCUACGCCACCAAGCAGGACCUGGCGUCCUACGCGGUGCACCCGGCCCACGUCGCCGCCGUGCAGGGGCACGUGCUCCCCAACGCGCUCGACACCACCGCCGUCGACUGGGUCAACGCCGUGCCGCUCCCGUCCCCCGUGAGCCCCGGCGCCGCCGUGCGGCUCACGCUCGCCAAGGUCAAGGAGGGGGUGGAGGUCGCGCAGCUCGUGGAGACGGUGGCUGCGGCGACGAAGGCGGCCGGGGAGGCGAAAGGCGCCAAGGUGAGCUUCGGGGAGAACUUCUCCCCCGCGCGGGCGAAGGGGUACCAGUUCGGGAUGGUGGCGGUGUUCGACAGCGUGGAGGAGCUGGACGCCGUGGAGGGGGACGGGAAGGUCGAGGAGGCCAAGGCCGCGGUUAGGCCGCUUCUGGACGAGGUGGUGGUGCUCGACUUCGUCGUGGAGCCUGCUGGAGAGGCUCAGGCGGCGGCGAGCCUCUGAAAGUUUCAGGUUUCAUCUCAGUUUCGACUGUCGAGCGUGUUGUUGAUUUGGGAAUAAUGGACUCCUUGUGGUUGUCAACUUGUGAAAUUGGGAAUGACAUUGGGAUGAAUAAGGAUUGCUUCCCUUAAUUAAGGAUCAAACUAACAAGCUCUUGCCAGGA